GCCAGCCACCGCCUGGUCAUGUCAGCAUGGAGAUCCGGCAGCACGAGUGGCUCUCGGCCUCCCCCCACGAGGGCUUCGAGCAGAUGAGGCUUAAAAGCCGCCCCAAGGAGCCCUCGGCGAGCCUGGCUCGAGCGGGCGCGAACUUCUACAGCGGCGUCAAGCAGCAGGAUUACAGCGCCAGCGUCUGGCUACGGAGGAAAGACAAGCUGGAACACUCCCAGCAGAAGUGUAUAGUGAUCUUUGCCCUGGUCUGCUGCUUUGCCAUUCUCAUUGCACUGAUAUUUUCAGCAGUGGACAUCAUGGGAGAAGAUGAGGAUGGACUCUCAGAAAAAAAUUGUCAAAAUAAAUGUCGAGUUGCCCUGGUUGAAAAUAUUCCUGAAGGCCUUAACUAUUCAGAAAAUGCACCAUUUCACUUACCACUUUUCCAAGGCUGGAUGAAUUUACUCAGCAUGGCGAAAAAGUCUGUUGACAUAGUGUCUUCCCAUUGGGAUCUCAACCACAGUCAUCCAUCAGCAUGUCAGGGUCAGCGUCUUUUUGAAAAGUUGCUUCAACUAACUUCACAAAACAUUGAAAUCAAGCUAGUGAGUGAUGUAACGGCUGAUUCAAAGGUAUUAGAAGCCUUAAAAUUAAAGGGAGCUGAAGUGACCUACAUGAACAUGACCGCCUACAACAAGGGCAGGCUGCAGUCCUCCUUCUGGAUUGUGGACAAACAGCACAUUUAUAUCGGCAGUGCCAGUUUGGACUGGCAAUCCCUGGGACAGAUGAAAGAACUUGGUGUCAUCUUCUACAACUGCAGCUGCCUGGUCCUAGAUUUGCAAAGGAUUUUUGCUUUAUAUAGUUCAUUAAAAUUCAAGAGCAGAGUACCUCAGACCUGGUCCAAGAGACUCUAUGGAGUCUAUGACAAUGAAAAGAAAUUGCAACUUCAGUUGAACGAAACCAAAUCUCAAGCAUUUGUGUCGAAUUCUCCCAAACUCUUUUGCCCUAAAAACAGAAGCUUUGACAUAGAUGCUAUCUACAGUGUAAUUGAUGAUGCCAAACAGUACGUAUACAUUGCCGUCAUGGACUACCUGCCUAUCUCCAGCACAAGCACCAAAAGGAAAUACUGGCCGGACUUGGAUGGGAAAAUAAGAGAAGCACUACUCUUGCGAAGUGUUAAAGUUCGACUACUUAUAAGCUUCUGGAAAAAAACUGAUCCCCUUACAUUUAAUUUUAUUUCAUCUCUUAAGGCUAUUUGCACUGAAAUAGCAAAUUGCAGUUUGAAAGUUAAAUUUUUUGAUCUAGAAAGAGAAAAUGCCUGUGCCACAAAAGUACAAAAGAAUCACACCUUUCCUAAAUUAAAUCGCAACAAGUACAUGGUGACAGAUGGUGCUGCUUAUAUUGGAAAUUUUGACUGGGUAGGAAAUGAUUUUACCCAGAAUGCUGGCACUGGACUUGUUAUCAACCAAGUAGAUGUGAGAAAUGACACAAGCAUCAUUAAGCAACUUAAAGACGUGUUUGAGAGGGACUGGUACUCACCCUAUGCCAGAACAUUGCAGCCAACCAAACAGCCAAACUGCUCAAGCUUGUUUAAAUUCAAACCUCCCUCAGACAAAACUGAAACAUACAAUGCAAGUAGAAAAGAGCUUGCGAGAGUGUAUCAUGGGUGAAUGAGCUGAGAGGGCAGCCUCUGAUUUAUAUUUAUAUUAAAAACGGAGUUGGGAGUGAAAAACACUGAAUAUGUCUGUUUUAGGGAACAAAAGCACACUUAAAAAUAUUCUCUGAAUGACCUGUAAUAUCUACCAAUAUCUUAGCAGUGUGUACACUAAAUUUAAGACUUUUAUAUUUGCUAGUAACAGAGAAUGUCAUUUAAACUAGGAAGUUGGUUUUUAUGUUUGCCUAUGAAUUUUAAGAUUUGCUGCCUCAUCCUUUCUAGUUUUAGAAGUUUGUUUUCUUUUUUAAAAAAGAUUUUAUUAUUGAAUCACUGUGAGACAUAUCUUUACAAAACUGUUCAUAAUUAGGUUUCAGUGAUACAGUUUUCCAACACCUCUCACUCCACCAUUAUACUUGUCCUAGCACCAGCACCAGUGUCCCCAAGAAACUUGUUUUUGACCCACCUGGUCAGCUCUUAGAAAGCUUAGCAUGAUUAAGCUCUUUAUCACCAAUCUAAAAACUGCUGACUUUGAGAGUAGAGUGAGGAUUUUUUCUCUAAAGAAGCAAUUGAUCAAAUCAAGUAUUUAUCCCUGUAAAUCAUUUACAAGACUUAUUUGGUUAAGCAUGCACAAGUAUCUUUCUCAAACUCAAACACUCUUGAAAAUAUAUAAGGGUUUUAUUUUUCACGUUCUUCUAGUUCCAUAGCUUUUACUUGUAACAUUUACCUUUUCUUCUCAAAACUCUUAUUAUAUAGCAUCUUAAUAUUCACUUCAACAUUAUUUUAAAGUAUGAUAAUAUUUUCAAUAAUGUUGUAACUCAUCAGAAUGAGAAAUAAGUCUUUAAAUUUUUUACCUUUUAAUUCCAUUUCACUACUAAACUGAUAUCUUAAAAUUAUAGUCAGCAAUAUGUAUUAUUUAUCUCAAGCUCAGAAAUAUGAUGCAACCUUGUAAUAUCCAACAAGUUAUUAAUUCUGCAUUGCAGUAGUUAGGAUAAUGUACUUUUCAGGGUUUUGUUUAGUUUUGGUAUUAUAAAGGAAAGAUCUCAAAUUGUUUGGAUAUAAUUUCCUUAGAAUCAUUAUGUUGUUAAGAGUAUGCCAGCAAAGUUUAUAGAGCUAUUUAACUUCUGCUAUUUAAUAUACCAAAAGCUUUUCAGAGAAAUGCAAUUUAAAUACUGUGCUUAAUAUUGUAUUUUAUUAAGAAUGAAAAUGAUCUAAUAAUUAUUAUAUAUUGUGUGUUGUUUUAUAUCUAUACAAUAUAUAAUCUUAUAGUAAUGGAGACUGUUGCUAACAUGAUAGAAAGUUGUGUCAUCUUUAGAGCCCAGAGCAGACAGCCAUUAGGACGCCCAGUAUGAAGGUUGCUCUUGAAUCUGUGGCCCCAAACAGUAUCUUACAUUCCCUGGUUUUGCUUCCGAUUGGUAACGUAGGGACAGUAAUACUCACCUACCUCACAAAUAUGUUAUCAUGGUAGGAAAUAUUUGUAACUUGUUUUGAAAUCAAAAGAGGGUUUCUAAAUGCUAAAAAUUUUGAUGUAAAAUCUUUUUCUUGAACAAAUCUUUAGUGGUAUCCUUACACAAUCAGUACCGGGUCUUCCCUAAAACCUAGAAGGAAGAAAUCACACUUCCAGUUGCAAAUUAGGUGAUAAAAAUUAGGUGAUAAAAAAUUAUGUGAUAAAAACAGAACAACAUAAAAUCACUGCUGGAGAUCUGGACUGUAAUUUGGUUGGGAAGAUUUCCUGGGUCACUAUGGUAUAAGUAACAAUAACAUUAUACAUUGCGCAAGAAAAUGUUCUUUAAAAGCUGCAUAUAUAUGUGUUUUCAGAGAAAGAAAAGGCAACUUAUUUUAUUUACAGGGACUUUAUUUCUAAUAAAUCAUAAUAAUUUAUUAUAUAAUCAGUACCAUUGGUGUAAAGCGGCAAUUAUAUGGUCAUCUAGCAAUCACAUGGAUUCCUUUUUUUCUAUUGUUUUUUCAAGACUGCUUUGCUGAAUAUGAAACCAGCAAGUAAAAUAAGCUGUAUUCUGAUUAUAGUAUAUUUAUUACUGAUUAGGAGAUUCUUAAAUUACUGCAUAUGGAACCAGGACUUCACAUAUAGAAGGAAAAUUUUCUAUCAUCUAAAGUUACAUCUGAGGCCAUGAUUUUGUUUUAAUAGUAAUGCAUGUUUUGGUGGCUUCAGGAAGGUAACAGAGAUUGUUUUGUGGAUUUUUGUUUGUUUUGCCUUUGAUUUUACACCUGAUAGUGCUCAGGUACUAUUUCUGGCUCUGUUUUUAGGAUGACUCCUGGCAGUGCUCAGGGGAAUGUAUUUGGUGCCUGGAAUUGACUGAGCCACAAGCAAGGCAAGCAUUUUAUAUCCCAUAUUAUCUCUACAGCCCUAUAAGAGAAUCUUAAUGAAAUUCUUCAUUAAUAAUAUCUAGUCAUAGGGGCCAGAGUGAUAGUACAACUGGUAGGGUGUUUGUCUUGCAUGCAGCCAAACUGGGUUCAAUUCUGGCACACUAGACGGUCUUGCAAGUCCCACCCAAAACCAAUAUGUGACCCAAAAACAAAAAUAUAAACAAAUAUAUCCAGCCAUAAAUAUUACUUCACACAUACCAAAUUCUUAUUGGAAUAGAGAGUUAUUCUGCUGGACAUAGUAAAGCUGAUUUUGCUCAUGAUAUUUUUGAGGAGGAGACACACCCAGUAGUGCUCAAGAGACAGACCUGGUACCAGGGAUCAAACCCAGGGCUCCUUCAUGCAAGGCAUGUGCUCUAGCCCUUUGAUUCAUUUCCAGCCCUGGUGAUUGUUAUUUUUUUAUGAAAUAAAAGCAGAAAUUAGGCAUGCAGAUAACCAUGCCAAGAUUACCAUGCCAAAGAACAACCUGCCAUACCUGCCAUAUAUAUUAUGAGAAGGAAGAGAAUUCAUUUUUUGUCAGCUACAAAGUCAUGUUUUUGGAGUUUUUCAUUACAGCUACUGGGCAAUUAGUCUUGGGAUAAUGGGGCCCCCUUCACUGUCAAUGUCUUUUGCAUGUGCUAGGAGAAGAUAAUUCCAUGCCAUUUUACUCUAAAGCCCAUUAAAAUGAUUCUGCCAGUGACUGUGUGUCACAGGAUUUUCUGCCAUGCACCAAUAGCAAAGUCCCAGCAGGCCUUUUCCACAGGGCGCAUCAGAUCACAGACUCUAGGAGCCAAUGUCAAUUUUCUGUGGCUGCCAAGAAAACAGAUUAUUUACAGAGUAUAUGUAAUGGUCUGUGUCUCUAAGAGAAGUUUUAAUUUUGUAGAACUUCCUUUUUCAUUUGGAUUCCUUGUAUACCUCCUCUCUUUUAGACAAUGGUGAAAUAGCUACUAACUUCCUUUUUAUCCACAAUAUCCCCAGAAUCAUUUCUCAAAAGAAAAACAAAAAACAGAACAGAAACACUUUGAGCAAAUCUGAUGCAAGUUCAUGCCAGAAAUUGAGGAGUAGGGUAUCUAUUAACCUGUAUUUUUCUCCUUGUAAACAUUCCAGGAGGGGCUGGAGCAAUAUACAGUGGUAGUAUUUUACAAUGGUAGUGGAAUCUGCCUUGCAUAUGGCCGACCCAGGUUCAGCCUUGAUAUUCUAUAUAGUCCCCCAAGCACUGUCAGGAGUAAUUCCUGAGUGCAGAGCCAGGAGUAAACCCCCACCCCCAACACUGCCAGGUGUGACCCAAAAAACAAAAACAAACAAAAACACAAAAAGCAUUCCAGGAAUCAUUACCUAAAGGUGGGUGAGGCAAGAAGAGUAAACACAAUUUGGGAUAUUAACUUAGUGCCUUAUCAUUUACUUUACACCGUGAUUCACAAUAUGAGCUUAUUUCUACUUACUAUGAAGUCUAAUAGGGCUUCAUGAACCUUUCUUUUGAAACAUGCAUAUAAGCACCAAUAAUGUUUAGGCAGUAUACUCUCCUCCAAGCUACGGAAUUUUGAUAUUCCCCAAAUCAACUAAUUGACACCCAGAGCUGUCCUCUAUGGCAAUGCCACUAGCUAUUAGUACAAGAAAUAGUGGAAUUAUUCUAAUUAGACCACUGGGGAGAAAAUAUAACAUUGUGAAUUAUAGUCAUUUUCUGUAAACAUUUUACUUUGGGUACCCAAAAAAUGAUAGAUAUGAAAAGUGAUGCACAGUGACCAUAUUCCCACUAUUUUUAAAGAACCUUUGUAUAGAGAUAUUUUGUGAGCUUACCAAGUUCUGGGAACACAAAUGAAAAUGCAUAACUGUAAAAAGGCAAGUAGACUCAGUAAUCAACAUUGCUGUGGAAAAUCUUUGAAUUUGUGUAGCUCUGGAUAUUCCUCCCCCGUUUUUACUGAAUAUGUGUUGUCUUACUUGUGACUGAAUUCUUAGAAAAAUGGGUCUGAUCACAUUUUUGGUUGAUCUUACCCUUUGGAAAAUGUUUUGCUACUAUAGUAAUUGAUAUGUUUAAAGUGCCUCACUGACUGAAACUGGGACUAAUGGAAGCUCAUUUCCCGUUAGACAGAGAUUAUUUUCAAGAGACUUUUAUCUACCCUGAGAUUCUUUUUUUUUAUUAGAAGUUUUUAUUGAUCCAAGUUGGGGGGGAGAGGGAAUAAAAGAAUAAGAAUUUCUUGAUAAAAGCUGACACAGUAUCCUUUGUCUUAGUAAUAAUAUCUCAAAACAAGCCCCUUUUGCUCCGUAGUUCAAUCAUUUGUGAGUUUCUUUAUCCAAAAUCAUUACAUUAUUUUCAAAAUGUAAAGAAUAUAGAAAGCUGCCUUCACUCACAAUAGAACUGAAUAAUUACAUUACUGUUAUUUCAGCUUAAUCUCUUCACGGAUGAAUGUUAAAAGCUUUGUUUUCUGUCCUUUUAUUUUCAAUAAACUGGUACAAAUUGUUAAUUUUUUCAAAGGAGAAAUGGAAGGACACGUAGUAAAGUGACUUAAUCUAUACUCAACAUUUCACCAUUUGUUGGUUUAGCAAAAUAUUUCCUGUUUCUGCUUUUUGCUGGCAACCAAAUAUCUGUUUAUCAUUUGUACACCUUUGAAUUAAACUGGUGGAUGAAAUUAAUCCCAGCUCAUGGCCUAUCUUUGCCAUUUAAAAAUUAUUUUGAUUGGGGCUGGAGUGAUAGCACAGCAGGUAGGGCGUUUGCCUUGCACGCGGCCGACCUGGGUUCGAUCCCCAGUAUCCCAUAUGGUCCCCUGAGCACCGCCAGGAGUAAUUCCUGAGUGUAGAGCCAGGAGUAACCUCUGUGCAUCGCCAGGUGUGACCCAAAAAGCCAAAAAAAAAAUUAUUUUGACUGAAUUAAUUAGACUUUUUUUUUAAUGGUAACUGGGUAGGUAUCCUUCAGAAAUUUCUUACUCAACUUUUCUUACUUUUGUCCAUUAGAAAUCUUAUUCUUAGAGAGUCUUCUGAAAGAUCACAUAUCACUAACACUUGACAGUUUGGUGAAAAGAAAUGUGAGCUUUAAAGGCUAUUAUUAAUUUUCUUUUGCCAUGUUUAACUACUAUUAAACUAAAAAUACUAGUAUUCUGUUACAAACAUUAAAAUAUCUGAAUUUUUAAGGCUUCUUUAUGUAAACAGGAUAAAGUUGUUCCUGGAUAUAUCUAUAUUGUUAGCCCAAAGAUCCCUAAAAAAUAGAUGUAAUAAAAGGCUGAAUUGGGACUCAUCACUAAUAUUCUCAAAACUCACAAAAACUUAAAUUGUUUUUAUUUCUAAAAAAAUUUUAGAAAUAAAUAUCAUAUGAUUUUACAUUCUGUGAGGUGAUGAAUUUAUUAUUUUUGUCCCUAGUUUUAUCUCAGAAAUAAACCAAUCCCACAUAAGUAUUCAGCAUGAACUUUAAAUAAUGAAAAGGUAAAUGCAGAUAUAGCUAGUCCAGUGGACUACACAGUCCCAUCAUUUUGUGUUUUCACCAAGCAAACAUUUUUGUAGCAAUGUUUCUGUGUCUACAAAAGAAAAAUUUGUUUCAGAAAAAUUUGUUUCAGAAAAAUUUGUUUCAGUAUGUGUUGGUUUUAAAUAAAUUCUCUCUCUCUCUUUAUUAGUUGCUGUGGUGCCACACUCAGCUCACUCAGGGGCCUACAUAGCUACUCUCUGUGGUGCUCAAGUGGGACAGGCAUCCAAUUCAGAGACUCGCACAUGGGAGGUAUGUGCUCCACCACUUUGAGCCACAUUGCUGAACCCAAACGUUUUUUAUUGAAUAAAAUAAUUGUUAGAGACCAGGCUCUACAUUCUGGCCCAAUGAUAGACAAGCUAUUUAUGUAUACAAGAAAUCUAGCUGUCCCAUAUAUGCCUACCACACUUUCUUUGUCCCAUAUUUAACUCCAUAAGCACCCAAUGAUGGCCUAGAAAACCCGCACUUAGUCUUAGGUUUAAGAUUUCCUGCAAAGUCUUAAGGUAACAAAUCACCUCCUCCAAAUACACAAGGUAUCCUCCUAUUUGACCACUCAUAGUUGAGAAUCUAAUAAAGCCAAUGUACUAAAGCCCAUCUCUCAAAGCACAAUACCUUUCACAAGAUCCACAGGGAAUACAAUGUGUUGAUUUACUAAAUUAAUUGAAUUAAUUUAUUACUAUUCAAUUAAAUUAUAAAAUUUCACUGAACUAAAGCCAUCUUAAUCCUGAAAGGUAUGUGCAUAAGAUUUGUAGUCUUUUUAUAAAGAGAAAUUGGAAUACUUUUAAAGAUCAUUGGAAAGUUUAGAAAGUCAACUUUCUGAUCUGAAUAGUCAAUAAGUUGAUUUUAUGAGCAUCUUCUGUAUCUUACAAUUUCAUAGGUUUAAAAAAAAUUGAACUCAGUCUUAUGAAAAAUAUAGUCUAAAUAAAUAAUAGUAAGAUUGUAGAUUACUUAUUAUUUACUUUUAGUUCAUAUGAGAAAAAAAUAGUAGGGGAAAAUGGAAAGGAAAUCCUAAGAUUAUCUAGAAUUUAUAUUUCUUUCAUAGGAGGAAAAAACAGUAAACAAAAUCCUUUUAUGAAAACAAAUAUUCUCUCAAAUCUAUUCCCCUUAGCCUAAUAGAUAUUGGAAAGCUGUUAAUGCUUUCAUAAUUUUACUAUAUCUAAUAGGCUGAAAAUUUUAAGAAGCUGUUGAGGAAUUCUAAGAAUUUUAUAAAACAUAAACAGAAAAAUCUAGUCUCUAGUUUAGAAUGUAUCCACAAAGUUAUAAGAAAAUCUUGGAAGUAUAAUCUUAAUUUCCAGGAUUAAACAUGUUUAAAUUAUAUAUGACUUUUCAGUGUUCAAGUAAGAAAGAGAUCUUUAAAGACAGGAAAACUUUGACUAAAGACAAAACUCAGGAAAUAUGAUCCAACAACAUUCUAGAAUCAGAACAUCAUCUAUAAUUUCACUUUUACUUAAAACACAGAUAUCUGCAUCUUCAUAAAACAUCAUUAUAGGCAACAUCCUUCAAAAAGCAUAAUAAAGGAAAUACAGCAUCAUAAUUUCAAGAUUCCUUGGUAUCUGAAAACACACCUUAGUUUUCCUUAGUCUAAAAACACUGUAUAAAAAAAUGUCAUGGAAAAAUAAGGCUUUGGUUUUUUUUUUUUUUUUGCUUUUCCCUAGCAAUAAGUGUGCAUAUGAUUACCCCUUUAAUGAAUAAUUCUACAGUUUUUAUGAAGUACUGGAAAGACUGUACUUUGCUCCAAUUUGAGCAGAACCAUGUUUUCAAACACACGAAUUCUUCAUUUACCCACUGCUAACUGUACUAACAGAAACAAGUAUAAGCCAUGGAUGUUCUAAGAAAGGAGAAAGGAGAUAAUCUACAGUGGUGUUCUUAGAUAGUUCCUGACUCGACUAAUCAGAAUCCUUUUUUAGGGAGCAUAGAUGUGAGAUGUAGAAAGUAAAUAAGUAGCUUCGGAGUGACAAAAAAUAGAUGCAGAAAAGACACCAAAUAUUACCAUCAGUUGUUGGUAAUAGCAACUACUCCAGCAGUUAACAAUUCACUAGAAGUCUUGUUGAUUAGCUGUUUCUGCUCUAAGGUUACUGACUGAAGUCAUAGUUCAUAAACAAGAUUGGACUUUGUAUUAUCUGGUUGCUUUCUAUUCUUUCAUAUGUAUCAACACAAAUAAACUUAUAUU